UUGUUUAUAAAAGGCAACGGCAACAUGCACUGGCUGACGAUCAUUUUUCAGACCAUUUACUUUUAAUAUCAGCUAUUUAUCUUUUAAGCUCUCCAUUUUCAUUUCCAUGGUCAUAGUUUUAUCUAUGACCAUGACAACAAACCAAAACUCAGAUUUUGGGAUAGUUGGAGGGUCAUGGUAGCCAACCUUCUGAUAGAAGAUGGUACCUGAUGAUGAUUUUCAUUUCUAUGUUUUCGAAAGCUAAGCAAUACAGUGAAACAUCAUAUUAUUUGUGCACUGCGCUUAAGAUAGUUUAAACGAUAGUUAUAAAUAACAGGAAAAAUAAAACUGGGUUUGCACAUGGGUUAUUUUGAUCCACAGGGCUGGCUGACCACACUCAUUGGUUCAAACAAGGCAAUGAACCCGCUAGUCGUUGCCAUUGGCUAUAAUUUUACCUUAAUUUCUAUGUCAGCUUACUAAAUAUUCGUCUUGAAUUUAUACACACUGAGCUAGAAUUACGGUUAUUAGGCAAGGAAACUUUCCUGCUUUCCAUGUCAUCCUUAAAAGCCAUGAUAAAUAAAGUGGGCAUACCCAAAUGUACCCAAAUACGCUGAGUCAUGUUUUUGCGCUGCAAUGCUUUUGGUUGGCCUGACACUGAUCACGUGAACCCGCCUCGUACUGAUUUACAAACAGCUUCCAUCAAUAGCAAGGUGUCUAACGGAUGCUGAUAUCAAAUGAAACCACAGCAGACCCUAUUGCGAACGUUUAUUUACCAAUGCCUUUAAGAUUUCCAACGAUUUAGAGCUCCUCAUAUCUUUUACUCUUUAUAUCUUAUUUUUAUAUUUAUAUUACGUCAUCAAAGAACGCAUUUUGAAAUUUUUUUAUUGAUUACCCCCCGUUUAUUUACUUUAUAUAUUAGACUUGAAACGGGCCUCAGGGGGUAGUCUGGUAAUAUGAUUUAACUUCUUGCGCGACGUAUCGCCGGUUGAUUGUGACGUCAGAUUGCUUUACCUCAUAAAUAAUCUUGCGAAUCGUUGAUCCUUUCAUUCUUUGAAGUUAUCUUCAUUGGACAGGGUGUGUUCUCGUAAGAGAUUCGCAAAUAGUUCGCAUUUUUAAAAAAAUACAUUCUAGGUUAUUUUUCGUGUCAGUUGACUAAUUUCGGCGCAUCUUCAGCGCUCGCCGACGGUAGCUUUCGAUUCGGCCUGCAGAAUCGAAAGGCUUCCGUUUUGGACGUCUUCGGUUAACCGCCGCUUGAGGUAAGACAUUGAAUUGUGUUAGACUUUGCUUUUAAAGAGUAACUACUGCAUUAAUUUGAAUUAAAUAGUUGUUAUUUUAUAAUUCUUUUGAUAUUUCACUAAAAGUAAGCUCUGGUGUUCAAGCGAUAUUUACAGAGCCUCAAAACCCCUGUUUAUUGAAAUUAAUUUGCUCCUACUCUUUUGCAGGAAUGGAGAGCGGGUGUAACAGCGAAAGAAACGGCGAAAGAAACGGCGAAAGAAGUGGCGAAAGCCAAGACAAUCAGACUGAACAGUCGAAUGCACCGAUUCAAGGGUCUUUCGUGUUUGUUCCACGGCUAGAACUUGACUUGAGCAAUGACGACAUUCAGUUAGAUGUCUCGACUGAGCCUAACUCGCCAUAUGAAAAGCGUCAUUCGACGGGAAGGAGUAAUGUUGGUGGCAAACCGAUAACAAACUUUGCUCAUUUCAACGCUACGAAAAUUCCAGACAAAGAAUGCUCCAUUGAAGAGCAGAUGAUAGCCAAGCUUGAGAAAAGCUUGGUUGUAUCAAAGAAGAAAGGGAAAGAAAAAAGCAACACGAAAAUGGUGGAGGAAAGCACAAUAAAAUCUGGAGGAGAUGAAAGGGUUGUUGUGAUUCUUCACCAUUUGAAAUUUGUGCAAACAUGGAAUGCCAACAAUCAAGGUCGCUUCAAUGGCGCCAUAGUACCUCUGCAAGGGGGAAAUGGGCUGAGCAAAUGGUGGCAAAGAAGGCCUAGAGUUUCCAGAAAGGAAAUUCUUAAAAUCAGUUUUCUCUUGCUAGAGAAAUAUCAUAAUCUUUUCAAUGCAAAGUUGGAAGAAGUUUCUAUCAUCACUGAGGAACUUUUAACUGAGAAGAAAAACAGCAAAGGUUUCCACUUGAAAAUUGCUAGAUAUGAAAGAGAGAGAACUGAGCUGAUUAUGGCUGUGGAAAAACUGACAAUCGAAAAAGAGGAGAUACAAGAGAUUCAUGAAAGAGAGCUUAAGGAUUUCAAGGCAGUCACUUUGGAGAAAGAAAAAACUCAUUUGCAGAACAUUGACGAUAUAAAUAAGGCCAUGGAUGACGUGAAAAGGAAGUGGCAAGAAGAAGUAGAUGUGAUCAAACAAAGCAGGGAGAAGGUAUCGGAAAUGAACGAAGCUAAAGUUGCUGAAAUAAAACGAGAGAAAGAAGGGGAGCUCGAGUCAUUACAACGAGAACUAGAAAAGACUGCAAUCGAAAAAGAUGAAACGAAGCAUCAAUACAAAAAGCUUGUUGAGAAAUACAAUGAGCUCAAAUCUGCCAAGGACAAAGAGAAAGAGAAAGAGAUCGACAGGUUAAAGUAUGAAUUGAGACUUAAAAAGGAGGAGAACAAGACACUUGUGGCUGGAAUGAAGCAUGUAAAGGAAAAUUUUCACUUAAAGGAAAAUAAGAUGGAAUUGGAAAUUAGAAAUCUUCGUGAAGAGCUCGUUCUUAGAGAACAGCAGCUGAAUGAAAUGAAUGACCGAUUUGGAAAUCAGAUUCGCAUUGCUCGUCUUUGUGAAAAGACCGGUUUGGAGAAGGAAGCAGUAGAUGACACACAAAACAGCAAUUACAGCCACAAUGUUGAAAAUAACUGGAGUAAUGAGAACAAUAAUGAGUGUUCCAAAGAAAAGACAUGCAACUGUUGUACCAAGGAAUCAGAGAAGCAAACGACAAGUAAUUCUUGCGUGAAACACGAGCAUUUCUUAGAUGCAAUCAUGCCAGGAGAACCUUCAGACAGCGGGAAACUAAAAGCAUUUGCCUUUUUGAAAAUUGAAGAUGUAUGGGAAGAGCAGAUAGCUUGUCAUGAGAGCAAUGUCGAAAAGCUUAAAGAAUUGCAAAGAUUGCGAAAGAAUUUGAUCAGCAGUAGAGAGGAGUUAGAAAGAUCGAUACAAGAGAACGUGAGACUGAAGGAGUCUGUUAUCAAGGAAAACGCUGCUAUGGAGAAGCGUUUAAAGGUAUUGAUAAAGCGACAAUCAUAUGAAAUGAAUAAGAAAGAGGAAGAAAUAGAAAAUCUGAAGCUAGAACUGGUUGAUCAGAAAAAUAAUGCAAGAAAGUUGUCAAAAGAGUUGACAAAGAAUAUGAUGAUUCAGAAAUACAAAGACGAAGAGAUCGAGCUGCUGAAUGCAACAGUAAAAGCAGAAAAUAAUGACGAAUAUUGUAUUGUUACCUUAGAAUCCAUGACCAGCUUUAGAAAACAUAUUGAGAAACUUAGGCACGAAAAUAAUAACUUGCUGAGUUACUGUGAUCGAGUGGAGGAGAAAGUUAGUGAGACAAAACGAGAGUUAGACCUAACAAGAAAACUUGGCAGUGAGUUGAGCAUCAGGGAGAUGGACUCACAAAAGAUCUGCAAAGAGCUGAUGUCAGAAGUUGAUGCCAAGAAUCAGAUGUUGAGGACUUUGAAAGAGAAGAUGAGAAAAUUGCAUCACAGUUACGAAGAAGUUAAAGAAGAGGCAGUGGACAACAGGUAUGAACUAAGUAGUGUCAAUGGAAAGCUGGCAAAGAUGCAGAAGAAGAUGAUAGACAUUGAGGGUGAAAAGAAGCAGCUUGAAGAGGUGAACUCAAAAUUGGCAAAGAAUUUGGCACAGACUGGCAGAGAAUUGCAGAAGUCAGUUGAUAUUGUGUGCCAACUGAAGAUCCGAUAUGAGCAUGUUGAAGAGCAAUUCAAAGAAAAAGACGACAAGAUAAAUGACUUUGGUCGCGGAAAGGACACUGCCAAUAAACCGUUGCCACAGAGAAGAACAUUUGCCCAGGGAGAUGGAAUCAAGUCAACAAAGGAGACUGGGCAGACAUCAGGCCAAGGAAGCAGGGCUGCCAAGAAGGACAUUGAAGUGAAGAUGUUUUCUGACGAAGACGAAGAUUCCUUGGACCUCGCCCCGAGUUACGUGCCUUCAUUCUUACAGAACCGAGGCAGCGCCGGUGGUAGUAAGCCUGAACAGCCAAGGAGCAAUAAACCAAGCUGGCUGCAAGACUCAGUUCAAGAUUCGCAAAGAAAGAAAAACCCACCAGCAAAAGGCAGCAAAGAAGAUGAUAUCUUUGAUUCGAUUGAUGAUUUAUUGCCAAUGGGCAAAAAAACAACGAAUGCGCCCAGAGAAAGUGGGAACCACGAGGCGAAUACAAAGAAAUCUGGUCGACGCAGUGACGACUUGUUCUUCUUGAGUGAUGAAGGAGAUAAUUUAGCACAGAAAAAGAACGAAGGCAAUGGCAACAGCAUCGCAGGAGGAAGAAGAAAUGAACCGAGGAACAGAAGAAGGGGACAGAGUGGUAAAGAUGCAGCGGAUGAGUUGAAAAGAUUGGUUGGCUUCUAG